AUGUCCUAUCAUACUGGCUACAAGGAAAUUGCAGGCUUCGUCAUUUUUUUUCUUCUAUUGACUUUCAUAUUAUUUUGUCUCCACCUUGUUUUUCAUUCAUUUUUACAUUCUCUCUCAUCUCUCACACCCAUUCCAUCUGAUGCUCUCUCAUCCUUUCUUGUCCUCUCACUGUUUCUCUCUCAUCCUUUCUUGUCCUCUCACUGUUUCUCUCUCAUCCUUUCUUGUCCUCUCACUGUUUCUCUCUCAUCCUUUCUUGUCCUCUCACUGUUUCUCUCUCAUCCUUUCUUGUCCUCUCACUGUUUCUCUCUCAUCCUUUCUUGUCCUCUCACUGUUUCUCUCUCAUCCUUUCUUGUCCUCUCACUGUUUCUCUCUCAUCCUUUCUUGUCCUCUCACUGUUUCUCUCUCAUCCUUUCUUGUCCUCUCACUGUUUCUCUCUCAUCCUUUCUUGUCCUCUCACUGUUUCUCUCUCAUCCUUUCUUGUCCUCUCACUGUUUCUCUCUCAUCCUUUCUUGUCCUCUCACUGUUUCUCUCUCAUCCUUUCUUGUCCUCUCACUGUUUCUCUCUCAUCCUUUCUUGUCCUCUCACUGUUUCUCUCUCAUCCUUUCUUGUCCUCUCACUGUUUCUUGUGCUGUCUCUUUCACUUGCAUCAUUUGUCUUGUUCUGUUUCUCUCUAUCUCUCACUGUCUCUCUUGUUCUGUUUCUCGAUCUAUUACUUUCUCUUUUACUCUCUUCUUUCUCUCUCUCUUUAAUUUCCUCUCUGUUGUCUUUAUAUUGCUUUUUUUCCUGUUUUUCAUUUUGAUCACUUUUUCCCUAAAUUUCUCUUACUUUCAUUUCUCUUUUUUUUUCCUAUUUACUUUUUCUUUCCUUCUUCUAUUUUCUCCUUUUUCUUUUUCUCCUCUUUUUCUAUAUCUCCUUAAUUUCUUUCUUAUUCCCAGUCUCUUCCUCCUCAUCAUUUUUUGA